AUGAUAUACACGUACUCGUAUCUCUUUCAUCUAAAUGCCCAGGAAUUAAAUAAUACAAAAAAGUCUGAGAUCGAUGUGCUCUUUUAUAAUCGAGUACCAAGAACGGGUAGCAUGCAACUGAUCAAGCUCAUGGCACAAUUAAGCAAGGUGCAUGGCUAUGAUGUAGACGAAGACCCACAGAAUGGCGGUAUCAUACCAUUACUAGAGCCUGCUGAAGAGAGCGAUUAUAUUGAAAACAUAGCGGGCUUAGAUGAUGGCUCUGUCUUUGCUAGUCAUCUGAACUACUUAAACUUUAGCUAUUACGAUCAGCCCAAGCCAAUCUAUAUCAACAUGGUACGCGAUCCAGUUGAUCGUGUAAUUAGCUGGUAUUACUAUAUACGGGCACCCUGGAUCUUUGUACCCAAUCGUCGGCGCAACAACCGCGAAAUGCCCAAUCCAAAGUGGGUCAACACUGAGUUCGAUCAGUGUGUUCUUAGCGGAGAAAAAGCUUGCACAUAUAUCGAGGGCUCCUUGCUAGAACGCGCAGGCGAUCAUCGUAGGCAAACGUUGUUUUUCUGUGGACACAAUGAGUUUAAAUGCACGCCUUUUAACUCUCGACUGCCUCUGCAAUUGGCCAAAAUGAAUGUGGAGCGGGAAUAUGCAGUCGUGGGUACUUGGGAGCACACAAACGAAACUUUAAGUGUCCUGGAAGCCUAUAUACCGCGCUACUUUGCCAGUGCCACAAAAAUCUACUACUCGGGCUUGCACAAUGAGCGAAUCAAUGACAAUCCCAUGAAACCGCAUAUUCGAGAAGAAGUUUUGCAAAUGGUGCGCAAGAAUUUUACACGCGAAAUCGAGUUCUACCAAUUUUGUCGCCAGCGCUUGCACAAGCAAUAUCUGGCACUCAAGUUGCCUGAACUAAAGCGUUUGAACAAAGAAUCAACUCGAUUGCCGGCUCAAAAUGGCUCAAAACGGCUCCUUUUUAGAACUUUACUUAAUUAA